AAACAUAUGACGAGGUCCCUCAGAUAAAAGUAGAUUUGUGUUAACCAAAAAAAAAAGUAGAUUUGUUCUUUUACUUUAUUAUUAUUGGCGCACGUCUCUUUUUCUUGAUGUGUUGUGUACCUUAACUUGGUCAAAUACUUUCAUCACUUUUAACUCUUCCCAUUCGCUGUUUAAAAUCCCACUUCCUUCAAGAAAAUGAUGAGAAACCGGUUAUCUGAAGUUUGGAUCUUGGUUACAAUAUUGGUGGUGGCAUGUAGGAUCAAUGGGGCAUUUGGGAUUAGAUUUGUAAUUGAAAAAGAAGAAUGUUUUUCACAUAAGGUUGAAAUGGGAGAAACAGUUCAUUAUUCAUUUGUUGUUAUCAAGUCUGAAGGUGAUUGGCAUUAUAGUGAAGAGGGUGUUGAUCUUGUGGUGAAGGGGCCUUCUGGAGAACAGAUUCAUGAUCUUCGUGACAAAAUAAGCGAGAAGUCCGAGUUUACAUCUCAUCAUGAAGGAGUUUAUCGUUUCUGUUUCACUAACAAGUCGCCGUAUCAUGAAACUAUUGACUUUGAUCUACAUGCUGCUCACUUUGUAUACCACGAUGAGCAUGCAAAAGAUGAGCAUUUCAAGCCUUUGUUUGAGCACAUUGGAAAGCUAGAGGAAGCUUUGUACAACAUUCAGUUUGAGCAGCACUGGCUAGAGGCCCAGACAGACCGUCAGGCGAUAGUGAAUGAAGGAAUGAGCAAGAGAGCAAUCUACAAAGCUCUGUUUGAGUCUUCAGCUCUUAUUUGUGUUAGUUUUCUGCAAGUGUUCCUGCUCAAGCAUUUGUUCGAACGAAAGCUGGGGCAGUCCAGAGUUUAGUUUUUGGCACAAGGAGGAUAAUAUUCCUCUGCCAAACCCUGUAAACUCAGAUGUAUUCACUUUUUGUGCCUUUUUCUGAAAGGCAGGGUAGAAACUAGAAUGACAUGGUUUAUUCGAGAUUAAGUUAUUUCAUACAUUCUCUCAGGAAUGAGUGAGAUUUUCCUUAUCUAUGUUUUAAGAUUAUCUGCUUACAUGCAAUUUCUUUUAAUGGCUGUUACACUGUCCAUUGUUGUAAUCAAGCAAAUCUUAUAUUUGAACUCUCAUUAUAACCUUCA